GUUUCUGCCCGCUUUCCCGUCCGUUAUGUAGACGUGCUCAGACGAGAUUUUACAUAACAUUCAAACUAUGCUGUUCGGCGGCGCAGCAGCGCCGCUGGGCAGGGCGCUGGCACCCGCCCGGCACGCCGCCACGGCGCACGCUGUCCGCCCAUCCGUUUCAUCACCAGCCGUCCGCUCGUCCGCUGCUCCCCUCGCGCUGCCCUCCUCCUACCCCCGCACACACCAUGCCCAGCCUGCCUUCGCUCCUCCCAGCGCGCCAGCAGCACCUGGCACCGCUGCUGGCUGCUGGGGGCCGCCCAGCCCACGGGGAACUGCGGUGUUUGCGCGGGCGGGGCUAGCAGCGGGCGGGCAGGGGUCGGCUGCUGGCACGGGCUGGCGGCGGGAGGAGGAGGACGAGCGCAUACCCGUGCCCGAGGGCGCCGUGCCACGUCGCCUAAAGAUGGUGGUGGCGUAUGACGGGUCAGAGUUCGCCGGCUUUCAGUUCCAGCCAGGGAAAGUACGGACGGUGCAGGGUGAGCUGGAGCGCUGCGCCAAGCGGCUGUUUGUGGGCUGCUCGCGAAUGGUGGGCUCUUCACGCACAGACGGCGGGGCGCACGCGUACGGCCAGGUGGUACAUUUCGACGUGUACGGCGAGCGGGACAAUCUGGAGAGCGACACACUGUACUACAACUCCUUCCUGCCGCCGGACGUGAGGGUGCUGGAGCUGUCGUACGCGGAGGAGGGCUUCGAUAGCCACUUCAGCGCCUGCGGCAAAACCUACAUCUACAAGUUCGCUGCCGGGCUGCCCGACCCAAUGCAGGCUAAGUACCGGUGGUGGGUAUACGACCGCUGGUGCGAGCGCAGCCGCGGAAAGCCGAGCAAACUGUCCGACAUCCGGCUGGACGUAGGCGCCAUGUGUGAGGCCGGCCAGCUGCUGCUGGGGCGACACGACUUCAGCGCCUUCAUGGACGCCAAGAGGCCCGCGGGCCUGGGCAGCGCUAAGCGGAAGAAUCCAAAGCUGGCGGAACGGGGAAUCAAGCCGGAGCGCACGUCAGCCAAGAACACACGCAUCCUGAGCCACCUGUCCAUCACUGAAGGCGUCAGCGCGCUCAGCGGCGGCCAGGAGGUCACCAUGGAGGUCACCGGCAACGGAUUCCUGUACAGGAUGGUACGCAUGCUGGCGGCUGGGCUGGUGGAAGUUGGGCACGGCCGCAUCACGCCGCAGGGUUUGCUAAAGCUCCUGGAGAAAGGGGACCGGUCAGCGCUACCGGAGGCCGCACCGCCCACCGGACUGUAUCUGGCGAGCGUGCACUACGCAGGGGAUGCCGUGUUCGAAUCCAGGAUCCAAGCGGUGACCGAUCGGAUCCGACUGCAGGCAGGGUCUGGAUCCUUUGGAUUCGGAUCCCGGCCGGCGGCGGGGGCAGCUGCGGCCGGGGACGGGGCGUCGUCGAGCGGGGCACUGGCGGCGGCUGGAGCGGAGGCGGAGGCGGAGGCAGUGGAGGUGGCGGCGGAGCUUCGCCAGACGCAAGGACAGAAGGCGGCGGCACUCAUGCGUGCGGCGGCGGCGGCACGGCGUGCGGCGGCGGCUGAUGCAGGGGGAGGUGGCGAGGGUGGGGCUGGGGAGGCGGGUGAGGAGGGCCUGGGCCUGGCGCUGGUGGGGACGGACGGAAGAGUGGAUUACUCCAAGCUCAAGGACCGGGACGACGACCAGUAGAAGGGUGGGCGGGCAGGGUUGGCGGGUUGCGAGCUGCGAGGGUGCGAUGGACUGCCGCACAGGACGGGGGAGGGGGGGGGGAUGCGCCCGAGCCCACUGACGUAGGUCCCAAAAGUCAAGGAUUCGGGGGGGAGGGGUAAGUUGCACUGUUGCGGGGUUAACUGGGGAGGCUUGCUGCACUGGCUAGCUUGCCUGGCUCAUACUUCCCAUACGUGUUCGAAGAUGCUUUAGACUAACACUGCGAAGCCGAGGAAGCCAGUAUGUCGGACGUAUGUCGGACGUCCUUACGGUCACCUGACCCAAUCGCUUGCCCGAUGGCAGCUGGAGUACCGUUGCACGGCGCGGCCGACCAGCCGCCGACCAGGCGGCACCGGGAGCAGCGAGCCUGCCAUGUGCGGCUGUCUGUCGCUGUCUACCCGCUGGCACACGCUACCAGGCCGCCAGGCUCAGGGUAUCCAUGGACAGCAGCAGAGACCUUGUCCAUGUAUUCGGAGUCAUGGGUUACGCGUCGGGGAAGGCUUGCUGCACUGGGUAGCUUGCCUGGCUCAUACGGUACUUCCCACACGUAUGUCGACGGUCUGUGGCAAGGUCUGUGGCUUCCGGGCAUCCCUGCCUCUGACGCGGGUGUGACGACGGCAGGCUUUUGUCGUGUGUACUGACACGCGUCAGGCAUCGCCUUGUGUGGGUAAAGCAUGUGAGGAGGACGUAGCUGUGAGAAGGGGCAGGAUGGUGCGAAGGGGUGCGAGGCCUGCGCGAGCAUUGCCCACAUGUGGAACAUGCGCGGCCCCUGCAUUCAACUGUGUCGGAUUAGCCGCCGUCGCACUAUUAACGCUCACUGACCGUUUACGAGCUGAAGCUGCUGAACAUACGUAUGUCGGAGUGAAUAGUGCCACGGCCAGAUGCACCAUUUUCUGCGCGCUUAGCCUUAGCGCUCCUCUUGGCUGUUACCUUUCUAUGUCUAGGCACUUGACUACCUCUCUUUG